UUGUUCUCUAAUAAACUUGCUACAGAAACAUUCAUUCGAACGACUGUCAUUACUCUUUCCUAUCAACUUAGCCAAACUCUUAUCAACCAAAAAGCCAAAGGCCAAUUCGCCAUAAUCCAACGGCAUAUCUCCGAUAGGAAAGUUAACACUCGGAAGUCUUAUGUGGUACGAAAUGGGCAUUUGAACGAAGAGGAAUGGAGUAAUGUCCGUGUAGGAGAUGUAAUUCGAAUGAUGAGCAAUCAGUUUGUGGCGGCUGACCUCUUGCUAUUGUCAACGUCUGAGCCUCAUGGGAUCUGCUAUAUUGAGACAAUGGAGCUCGAUGGGGAAACGAACCUUAAGACAAGGGGAGCGCUGCCAGAAACAGCCGAAAUGGGCGAUAAUCUCGAUGACAUCAGCAACUUCCAUGGUGAAAUUGUGUGUGAAGCUCCAAACAAUAAUUUGAACAAGUUUCAAGGGAAGCUCAUAUGGCAGGGACAUGAAUAUCCGGUUACCAACGAUAAUAUUCUCUUGCGAGGAUGCAUUUUGAAGAAUACUCGAUGGUAAAU